ACAGGUGUUCAACCACCGGCUUUAAAACCGUAUCUUUACUCGUAAUAUUCGAUGGUCUCGAGCUCGAGCAGAAAGAAUCGAAGUCCAGCUCAACAAUUGGAAUCCAGUAAGAGCGACCCAGCUUGGCAGAUUAUGAGAUUUGAACACUCAAUCUUAUGAUAAGCACUGGGAAGUUGGGACCUUAUAACUAUCUCUCUGAUGAAUUACAGAAUGCACCCCACGUCUUCUGUAUACUCGCAAAGACGAUGAUGCUGUUUGAAACGUGAUGUCAGGCUCUAAACAUAUCUUACCAUCGCGCUCGCGAAAAUUACGGUCGUCAUGCACGACAGUUUGCAUCUAGAAUCCGUUGUGAGGCUCAGGAUUGGCUAGUAAUGGAAGAUUGAAGGUCCAAAUUUACAACAAGACUUGUACGACAAUCUGACGCCACACACUGCGUAAAGAGUGACGUUCCACUCGUUUCAUACGUUUCAUUCAUCCUUUUUUCACAAAUCACCAUAUGUAGCCAGCUUCCAUUCCAUUCCAUUCUUCCGAUCGUCGGCUCAGUAUAAAGAUUUCCCCUCAAAAACGUCCAAUGAGGAAAGCGGUUCACCCGGAAGGUGUGAGCGGACUCCACCAACUAUGAUUUAUUUUUUACGACAAUCAUGGGGUUGAUGUCACUUCGUACGCAAGUUGUACGGUCAUGGAAAUUCCAGUCGAUCCAUCGCGGAGGAAGGAGUAGGGACGAUGACCAGCUACGUGAUGGAAGGAUGGAGAUUAGCACCGAACCUUUUGCUGGUAUAUAAAAUGACACCAGUUCAACUCUUUUUUUUUCGUCGUGGUUUCACUAAUGCGUUCAUCGACAUCUGCCAUAAACCUUGUGCUUGCCAGUGUGCUCGCUUUCGCCCCAUUUCCAGUGGCCAGAACGGCACCUGCGACUCGGAAUGAUACACCUGCACAAUCUCAACCGUUCACGCCUUCCGGAGGUCUCAACACGAACUCCACCCCUCCUGUCUACGCUCCCAUGAGCGACUUCGACUUCCAAUCUCUCAAUCUGGCUCUGAACCAGGAAUACAUCGAGCUAGAUCUCUUCCAUUUCGGUCUAGCGCAGUUCUCUGUCGAGGAGUUUGAGGCUACUGGGUUGGAUGCUGAAGAUCGUUACUUGAUUCAGUACAUGGCUGACCAAGAAGUGGGCCAUGCCCUGAUGAUUUCGAACAUGCUUGGUGCCAACGCCGCGAAACCUUGUAACUAUAGUUACCCUUUCACCGACGUACGAGGAUUUCUCGACUUUUCUCAAAAGAUCACCCGAUACGGUGAAGCUGGCACUGUUGGAUUCAUGGAACAUCUCAAUUCGCGCGCCGCUGCACAAAUGCUCUCGCAAACUGUUACUGUUGAGGCUAGGCAACAGCUAAUUUUCAGACAGUUCGAGGGGUUGUUCCCUAUGCCUGAAUGGUUCAUUCCCGGCAUUACACAAUCCAUGCACUGGUCGCUUCUUUCCAACUCUAUCACCAGCUGUCCGAAGGAGAAUCCACGGGUUGAGUGGCAGAAUUUCCCCGGUUUGAACAUCACGAAUAACCCUGCACCGAACGAGCAAAAUCUCACUGCAGGAAUCUCUAACAACGUGACGGCUUUAUCUGAGCCAGGUCGCAAUUUGACCUUAACUUGGGAGGUGCCUGGGAAGAUUACUGGUCCUGAUGGGCUUUACAAAACUAACACUACCGCCGGUGCACCGCAGUUCGUCGCUUGGAUCUCGCAACUCAACACUACCUACACGCCCUUAACUAACAUAUCGGGCAAUAGUGGGACAACUAUACAGCCAGGUGGAAGAAUAUUUGGUGAUGGUACUGCACCUCUCAUCAACGGCACAGUAUUCGUUGUGGUCACGGAUGAAGAUGUCUUUGUGACUCCUCACAACUUAUCAAUGUUGAACCCACACGUCGUCGCUGGACCAGCUAUCUACCAAUCUGGUUGAGGGGGGUGUUGAAGUUAUUAGUGAACAGAACAAUUCUGUCUACGUAAAAUGUGUAUUAUAUGAUUUUCGCUUAGGUACAUACUAGCAACCUUAGAAUCAAUCUCAG